ACUCCUAGACCCACAGUGCAAGUUUUAAUAUUAUACACGUUUUAGCAGGAACGUAUUUAGUGUAUUUUACAAGCAUAUUAUCAUUAUGGCUACUGCUGAGUUGGCAAGUCUAGUUUCAAGAUUGGAAACUGUGGUUAAGAAACUGGAAAGCAAUACAGGGGGUUCAGGUGAUGCACAACAACAACAAGCCAAGUUUAUUGAGGCUUAUGAUGAAUUCGUGACCGAAUAUGUUGAUCCAUACCUGGCUGCAUCUGCAGUGCUUGGUGCUGGGGAUAUGGCUGAUCAACAGGCGAAACUGUUCAAGGAAAUCUGCGGUGAAAUGAAGAAGUUUUUACUCAUAGUUUCAAAAUAUGGACCCCCAGCUAAUGAUUCCGUGAUCAUGGCACUGGCUAAAAACAUGAGUACCAAGAUGGGUGCAAUGAAUGAUUUAAAGUCAAAGUUGUCGCGUAAAUCUGACCAGAAGAAUCACAUGUUGGCUGCAUGUGAGGGAGUGUCUGUAUUCGGUUGGAUUGGUUAUCCAAAAGCGCCGAAAAAGUUUGUCAAGGAAUCAAAGGAGUCUGUUAAAUUUUACACCAAUAAAGUCUUGACGGAAACUAAAACAGGGGACAAAGCUACCGAGCAUAAAAACUGGGUGAAUGCAUUUGUGAAUGUUUUUGAUGGUUUGCAUGAUUAUAUUCAUGAGUAUCACACCACUGGACCAAGUUGGAAUGCUUCGAAUGUUCCGUCUUGCGAAACUCUUCUCUCUUCUAAACCUCAACUUCCUCCUAAACCGGGUUACUUGAAAAAACUAUCCGACUCUUCUCCUGACUCUUCUGAUGCCAACGAUGAUCCUCCUUUACUCCAAUCCAUCCCUCCACCACCUCCUCCUCCUCCUCCUCCUUCCAUACCUGGUGUCCUGGAUGUUUCCAAAGCUGAUGCAGCUCCUCUGGCCUUGUUUGCAGAGAUUAACUCAAAGGGCACCGGCAUCACUGGAUGUUUAAAAAAGGUUACCAAUGACAUGAAGACACACAAAAACCCUGAUUUGCGAAAACACCACGCCCCAGUACCUUACAAGGCAUCCAACUCUGGUUAUAAACCAGUGACCAAAGCGAAGCCCGCUGCUGCAAAGAAACCACCAGUUUUACGACUGGAGGGAAAGAAAUGGGUUGUGGAAAACCAAGAAAAUGCGGCCGAUCUUAAGAUUGAAAACGUUGAAAUGUUUCAUACAGUAUAUGUGUAUCGUUGCAACAACAGUGUAUUGACCAUCAAUGAAAAAGUCAACUCAAUUGUUCUUGAUAGUUGCAAAAAGGUGGGGUUGGUAUUCACGUCUGUUGUGUCAGGAGUUGAGGUGAUCAACUGUCAAAGUGUUAAAGUUCAGUGCCAGGGACAGAUGCCAACAGUAAGCAUUGAUAAAACAGAUGGCUGUAUUGUUUAUCUAAGCAAUGAAUGCUUGAAUUGUGAGAUAGUGACGGCAAAAUCAUCGGAAAUGAACAUCUCGGUACCAAGGGAGGAUGGAGACUUUGAUGAGUUCCCGAUAGUGGAACAAUUUCGAACAAUCUGGAAUCCAGACAAGAAAACCUUCAUCACCACAGGAACAGAGUCCAUUUAAUCUCCCUAUUAUUAUCCAAGUGCUGUAUCUAUUAUGCUUAACCUAGAUUUACCAUUGAUUACUGCGUGUAAGCGGCCCAUGUAUCGGCUGCAAUCAUAACAACUUUGAAAAGAAUAUUUGUGGACAUAAUUACUGACAUUUUGUAUAUUUACCCCUGCACUUAAGUACCUUUGUAUGAUUCAUUAGGUAACUGAACUUGGAAAAACUUUUACAGUGAUCUUACAUUGCAAUUUGACACCAGUAUGGCAUACCACCAAUAUAUAUGUAGGGUGGGGAAAGAUGGGACGUCUUUUUUUUAUAUUUUUUGUCCCAUUUGGUGUGGAACUGAGAACAUUCAAGGAAUUAUAAAACCGUAUCGUCACAACUCCCAUAGGGCAUUGUUAACAGGGAUAUUUGGAUAUUAUGUUCUAAAGAUGUUCCAUCUUACCCCACAGUACCAUAUUGUACAUUGUGUUAAUUAAUCAUUCAUUUAAAAUUUUUAAUUGUCUGGAAUUAAGAGAAUAAUUCAAUUUGUGAUGUCAUAAGCGAACAACUGCUCAUUUGCAUGUACCACCAAUGUGCCUUGGUUCAAAUCAGAUGUAUAUUCUUCAGCGAGCUGGUGCGGACUCGUGUACACCUUGCUUUCAAUUUGUUGUAUUUACAACCUUGUGAUCUCACAUACACAGAAUCAUUUACAGAUCCAAAUACAAGCGCUUUGAGUUUGAAA